AUGGCGACCGCGACCGUCACCGUGAGCUCGAUCCUCACGACGACUAUUACCGCAGCCUCUUCAGCCGCCUCAGCCUCCAGCACGAAUAACGUCACUCCACAGGGAGGUAUUCUUGAGCAUGUUAUGCCAAAUGCAUACAGCUCAUCGAAUCCCAUCACACUCUUCAUCAUUCAAGCUGGCAUCAUUAUCAUCCUAUGUCGUCUGCUGCAUUACCCGCUCUCCUAUAUUGGACAGCCCCGUGUGAUCGCCGAGGUCAUAGGAGGCAUCAUUCUAGGCCCAUCUGUACUGGCGCGGAUACCUGGCUUCAAAGAUGCCAUAUUCCCAACUGCGUCGAUACCAGUCUUGAACAACGUUGCCAACCUCGGGCUGAUUCUAUUCCUCUUCUUGAUCGCCCUUGAGCUCGACGUUCGUCUCUUCACCUCCAAUUGGCGUGUCGCUCUCAGUGUUGGUCUUGCUGGCAUGGUCCUGCCCUUUGCCCUCGGUGUUGGCAUUGCCUACGGCAUUUACCAUCAAUUCCCAAGUGAGAACCCCCUCAACUUCGGUGUCUUUGCACUUUUUGUUGGUACUGCCCUCGCAAUCACCGCAUUCCCUGUACUAUGCCGUAUCCUCGCAGAGCUUCGACUGCUCAGCUCCUCCGUCGGUGUCACGGUGCUCGCAGCGGGAGUAGGCAACGAUGUUGUGGGAUGGGUACUUCUGGCACUUUGUGUUGCUUUGGUCAACAACGCGUCAGGCCUAACCGCAUUAUGGGUCCUCCUUGUCGCUGUUGGCUGGGUCCUGUUUCUCGUGUUUGCCGUCAGGCCAGUUUUCCAUUGGGUCCUCAGAAGGACUGGCAGUAUUCAGAACGGUCCAACGCAAGGUGUAGUUGCGCUUACCCUUUUGCUUGUUCUUACCUCGGCAUGGUUUACAAGUAUCAUUGGCGUCCACGCCAUCUUUGGUGGAUUUUUAGUUGGACUGAUUUGCCCUCAUGAUGGCGGCUUCGCCAUCAAACUGACGGAAAAGAUCGAGGAUCUGGUUGGUGCACUGUUCCUCCCACUCUACUUUGCUCUCUCCGGCCUCAACACCAACUUGGGUCUCCUGGAUGAUGGAAAAACUUGGGGCUACGUCAUUGCUGUCAUCGUGAUUGCUUUCGCCGGUAAGAUCAUUGGUGGAACUCUUGCUGCAAAAGCCAAUAAACUUGUAUGGAGAGAGAGUCUCACCAUUGGAGUUCUGAUGAGUUGCAAGGGUCUAGUAGAACUCAUCGUUUUGAACAUUGGACUGGAAGCCAAAAUCCUUUCCACCAAAACAUUUACAAUGUUCGUCGUGAUGGCACUCGUCACUACGUUUGCUACGACGCCAAUUGUCAAAGGCCUCUAUCCUCCUUGGUACCAAAAGAAACUGGAAGCAUGGAAGCGAGGCGAGAUCGAUUGGGAUGGAAAGCCAUUGGCUACUGACGAGGCAAGCCCGUCAGGGUCAGGUUGUGACCUAGACAACACCAAGAUCCGACGUCUCCUGGUUUAUUUGCGACUAGACAGCCUCCCAAGUCUGUUUACCUUUAUCUCUCUCCUUGGGGAGGAUAAGGAGGAGGCGGCGCCGUCGACUGACCAACCUCAAACCGACAAUGCAGUACAGAGCCCUAUCACCAGGUCGCGGCAUAUAGAAGUUCACGCGCUGCGUAUACUCGAGCUGACAGAGCGUACAUCCUCCGUUAUGAAGGUAACUGAAGCGGACGAGUUCUCCCGGAGAGAUCCGGUUGUGAACGCGUUCAAGACCUUCUCGCAGCUGAACGAUGUCGCCGUGUCUUCGAGCGUCGUCGUAGCUCCAGAAGAUGCUUAUGCUCAAACUGUCAUUUCGAGUGCUUCUAAUCAAGAUUCGGAUUUCGUCUUGAUACCUUGGAGCGAGGUCGGCAGCAAUACUGAAGACCAGUCUAUUCCAUUCCAUGUUUCUUCCCAAGAUAGAUUUAGUGGUCGAUCGCACUUGGACUUCAUCCAGCAUACGCUGUCCAAGGCCGUGUGCAAUACGGGUAUCUUCAUCGGGAAUGGCUUCAGUGGUAUUGCACCUGUCGAGAAAGCCCGUCACACCUUGCCCCGAAGGCUCAGCACCAUCUCGUUGCGGAGCGGGAAGGAGACUGCGCAUCUUCCUGUCACUGACAAGUCGCAUCAUGUCUUACUUCCUUUUAUUGGCGGCGAGGAUGAUCGUGCAGCAUUCCAUUUCGUGCUUCAGCUUGCCAGAAGCCCGCUUGUCACUGUGACUAUCGCGCACCUUAACUGGACUUCCGAAGCAGGCAAUGAAGAGGUGACUACGGUGGUAGCAGAGAGCUCGACAGAGACCAAAGAGGCUGUGAGGACUGAAAUCACAGCACAGGAUGCCUCUCUUCUCUCCUCUGUCCAGUCGUCGUUACCAUCCAACCUUGUCGGUCGUGUCAACUUUACCGAGCUAUCUGUCAGUACCGGUACUGCGGUGUCCAAAGCUAUCGAGCUUGCAACGGAAAAGGUUGGCCAGAACCCUCGCAAUGCUGGUGACAUCAUCAUCGUUGGUCGGCGCCAUGCGAAAUUUUCAGGUGCAGCUAGUUCCGAGUCGGACAUGGGCAAGACUAUCGGUGUUCUUGGAGAGAAGUUUGUUUCAAGCGGACUUAGAGCCAGUGUCCUCGUCAUUCAGGCACCGGAGGCCAAGUAG